UUCUUAUUUAUCCAGUUUGUUCUGUUUGAUUUCCGUGCACUGGAGCGAUGGGACCAGAUUCUAAAGAAUAGGUACUAAACAAUUCAAACUGUAUAGGAGUAAGAUGAAAUAUAACUAUACAAACAAUUGUAUUUUUAAAGUAGAUCUGUCACCUAUUAAUAGUUUUCAUCAACCACUAAAGCAUAAAAAAGGUAUUCAUAAAUCAAUGUAUUUUAAAUGUUUAGCUACAAUUAUUCAACAUUUCAACAAACUUUAUGGCAUGAAUAGUAAGAAAAAAAAAAGUCAAAGGAGAACAGAAUAACAGCAAUGUGGGUAAACAAUCUAAGGUCAGGAUUAGGGAAAACAGCAAAAUCAAGGUACAAACCAGAAGUCAAUAACCAGAAAAGCAAUGAACUAAAUACCCACACUCUCUGGUAAAUAUAGGUCACAACUUGGCACUGGUUAGAACAUAGUCCAAGUUUAAAAAGAAAGAAAGAAGAUCCUAUUGGUCAGCAUCAAUUGAGUGACAUUAAAAGAUAAGCAACCAAUAAUUAUGUAGACUCUGCGUUAUUUUAGUGCAUAAGAGUGAGUCAUGGUGGAGUGGCCAUCACUGAACAUGACCCCAGAAUGAUGCACAACAUGCCUCUGUCAAGCCGUUGCUGGAGUGGAGCAAGGUUGACAGAUAAGAUGGCACUGUUGUGGUUAGGUAAAAUAUCAUCUGUCUACUAGUAGAAUAGCUGUUUAGCUGAUAAAAUUUCAAGUUUAGUUACCAUUUUAAAUAGUCUAACUCUAAGACAACUUGGCAUCACUCUAACUUUAAACAACUCAGCUAUAAAGCGUAGCUUUAAAUGAAUGGAUUUUAUUGCAUACAUUGGUUUGAGUUUAUAUGUUCUCGGAAGAUUCAUUAGAUAUGCUAUGCUAAUGAAUGGUCCAACAACUCAUAGUUGGCUAUGCCAAUGUGCCCAGUUAAGGUUAGCCAUUACAAUGGGAUGUGUGAGCCUUUGUAAAGCCAAUGAUCCAAGUUAAGGUUAGCCAUUAAAAUAGCAUGCUUUGACCCUUAUUAAACAGUUAUGAAACUGUGCAUUUAAUGGGAUUUGUACUUUGUAUUAGUUGUAAUAAUGUAUGUAUGAUAUGUAUUCAUGUUAUACUAAUGUACACUGUAUGCACUUUUGACAAAAUACAUAUGUGUUCUGUCCUUACAAGCCAAGUUUGUCAAAUGCUGAGUAGUAUAUAUUAGACAGAGAUGUAGAAGUAAAAACACUACUGUAUAAUAGUCCAUGUACAAAGCAACUGCAGCUUGGCCCUGGACCCUAGGGAAAAAAUGACUAAAGGCACUGAUAUUUAUGUAUACAUUUCCUCUUAUGCUACUAUUUUUGUCUUAGACAGAUAUCAUCAUUGUCAGUAGCUGCCCUGCAAUCAUAUGUAAAGAUGUUCAAAUCAGGAAGGAAGCGGGCAGAGUUACAAAGGAAACUUUUAGUUUAAGUAACAGUCACCAACGGUAGCUGCACAACAGAAAUGGCUUCAAAAUCCUUAAACGAGCUCGAAAAAUCUACCUGUUUUAGAGUCCGAACUUUGUCCAAGACAUUGUCUAUAUACCAUAUGGUAAGUGACAAAUAGUACUAAAUCGACAUUAAAGGAACACUCUAGGCACCAUAACAACAUCAUAUUGAUGAAAUUGUUAUGAUGCCUUAAGAUGACUAAACUGUCCCUUUAAUUUAAAGGACAGUGUACACAUGCCGUGUGUAUGAAUAUUUAUUAUUAUUUUAUAAUAAUUUACUUUCCAGUUUACAAGUAAUAUGCGUCAUUAUACUGGAUGUAAUGUCCAUUAUGUUUAUGCAAAUACCUAGAAUUAGCAUGCUGUGUGGCAAGUUUGUUAUCAGCAUAUAGAUAAUAAGCUUCAUUAUGCAGAAUAGAAUACUCAUUACCACCGCAUAGAUGGUCAUUUUCAAUGUGUAGCUACUCAUCAUCAUUUUAGAGUGAUAUGUGAUCAUUAUUUUACCAUAGACUCUCGAUAUGAGUGCACAGCAUGGGACUGACUGAAUAUUUUAUCAGCUAAAAGAAGCUAAGGGUUCUUCACUGACAGUGUAUGUAAUGUAUUACAUUUAGAUAUGGUUUGAGUAUUGGUAUUAUUAAAAUAAAUAAGAAUAUACUGUAACCUUAAUACUUUUUUUCUGAAAACAUGUAUCUCUUUUUCUCAUUUAGAUGAAUAGACCCCUAACCUUAUGCUGGGGAGAGUGGGUCUCUGGUAUACUUUAUUACAUAGAAAAACACCAAAUGCCGACAUGUAAUAACAAUGUGCUUGCCAAUAAAUGUGCGGCACCAGUAACUUGUCACACAGUGCGUGACAAUGUAUCUUAAAUACAUUUGUUGCAUUACACGGGCAAAAUAAUAUUUUUUAUAAGUAUUAAUUAAUGUAUAGCAUGGUAGGGAUUAUGUAAUACAACACACGUUUGGUCAUGUCGUUUGACCCAUUUAUAUUUAAUGGAGAUACAUGUUAUACAUAUUCUUAUCUUUUUGGGUGUUAAAUAUUAUAUGUGAUAUAUAUAUAUAUAUAUAUAUAUAUAUAUAAUAUAUACAUAUACUCAUCACUAGCCAUUGGUGAGUGAAAAUGUAGCCAUGAUGAGUUUAAAUUCACCCCUGAUGGGUAUGCUAUGGGUUGCAGAGGCAACUCAUUUUUAAGGCCUUGCUAGUAGUACAGUACAAAUAUAUAUGUCCCAAAAGAGCAGCACUCUCUGCUUCCAAUUGCAAAAAAAAAGGAAUAAAUAGCCCAGGUGCAUUAAUCAAGCAAAAUAUUUUAUGACCAAAGAAAAAGCGCACUCGUGGUUUGCAACAUAUUCAUAACAGUGGUUGCAUUAAUACUUUUUAUACUUUUCAUAUAUAAAAAAUAAAUGAGACAAUUACAGAAACUUACAGGAACAAUAGGAUGAAGAGGACCCUGCUCAAACAAGCUUACAGUCUAGAGGAGGUGGGGUAUAAAAGAACAAUAGGGUAGGAGAUAGCAAUCAAGCAAGGUGGGAGGGGGGCAAGAGGAGAGAGCAGAGUGCUGCCCUUAAGGAGAGAGCAAGGGACAGGUAUGUGAGGUAAAGGUUACUCUGGGAGGCCAUAAGCUUUUCUAAAGAGAUGGGUCUUAAGGCACUUUUUAAAUGAUUGAAGAAUAGGCGAGAGUCUGAUGGCAGUAGGCAGGCUAUCCCAAAGGUAGGGAGUUGCACAUGAGAAGCCCUGCAAGCGUUAGUUAGCCUACAGUUUUAUAUAUAUAUAUAUAUAUAUAUAUAUAAAUAUAUAUAUAUAUAUAUAUAUAUAUAUUGUUCGGCUCUGCAAUGAAAUUCCUUACCUAGGUGCUAAACUCCAGCCAAUAAAAGAAUUAAUUCUUCAUACAUAAGCUGCUGCUUGUAUUGAAGCAGAUUCUGUGCAAACACAAAUCAAGAUCAAUGUUUCAGUCAAACCCUGGCUUUUAUGAUGCUUAAGUGUAAAAUGUAUUGGUUUACAUUGUAAUAUAUCUUGUCUUGGCAACCCUUUCUUCAGUUGCACAAUUCUAAAAUUCAUUUACUAAAAAAUCAUAUAUACUAAAUUAACUCAUUUAGCACUAGAUCAGAUGCUUCCCAGUGCCAGUGGUGCCUCCUCUGCACUGGAGAAUAGAGUGCUACUUCUUGUGGACACUUGCCUGGGAGAAGCCAUAGAUAUAGACAAAACAGGUUAAUAUUCUUUUAACAAUUACUCAGUCUAAGACCACAUACAUAGAGAGUUAAAGUAGAAGCUUUUUGGUGCGUAGCAACUGGGGAGUGGGCGUCUGAUUCGUUGAGUAUUGUUAGGUGUUUGUUAGUCUUAAUAGAGCAAAGACACAUAUUAAGCAUGCAUAACAUAACAAGACAGCAUGACAACACCGUACACAUCCUACCUCUGACAAAAUGCACCCUAUCUCUUUACAUAUUCCUCUGCUUUCUGCUUUAGUUAAUUAGUUUUAUCUGUUUUAGUUAUUAAAUAACUGCUACUAGUUAUUUAGUUGAAUCAUUCUGUGGUCAUGGAUUUACUGAAUUAAUUAAAUACUUAAUAUUAAUUUAAUUUAAAUGAUAUCAACAUGGGAUACCAAACUGAGUUCACAUCAAUAUUGUGCAAACAUUGUGAUAUUUGUUUUCAUUAAAAAAAAAAAAAUGUUUUCCUGCUCGAAGACCACGUUUUCCAGCUUUAGAACAUCAUACUCAUAAUACUGACUGCAUAUGUUAUUACCUUGUAACGUCCUACUUAAGGCUCUGGCAGGUGUAAAAGUGCUGUUAAAUGCAAAAGCUUCAAGAUAACUUUUCAGUCACAUAAAGAUGCUUUGUCCAAAACAUUUAUGGUAUUAGUGACUGACAUUGGUGUACCUUUAGACACAACCUGAUAAUUAUUUGAAGAAACAGCUGAGUAUAUGUCUAUUUUCAACAGAAUGAUUGUGCUAGAAAAUAGAUCGGGUUAGUCAACCUUUUAUACCUACUGCCCACCAGUGCCGCAUUAACUUAAUUUUUUAGCGCAAGUGAAAAAACAUUUUUAGAAAGGAGGUUUUUUUAAAUGAUAUAUUUAAAUGUAUUUUUUUAUUUCUACUUUAUGCAUGUUUAUACAUAUAUAAUUUAAAUUUAUUGAAUUUCCGCAUCUCUAUCGAUGCUGCACCUACUAGAAUUUUUCGUUAUUUUUUUUGCAUUUUGUCAAUUUUUUCCCCCUUUUUCCCUUUUUAUUCUAUUUUUUAAUUUGCUUUCCUUUUCCUUUUUUUCUCCUUUUCCUUUGUUCUUUUCAUUUACCCUUCCUUAUUACAAUCACCAGCAGGAAGGCUGAACUAGGUACCCCACUUUAUUAUUAGCCAACAGCAAAAAUUAAACAGAAAAAAAUAUCAGACGUCUCUUUAUUCUCUUUUUCUCCUUCCUUUACUUCUUUUCCUUCUUUCUUUUUUUGGAUGCUAAGUAAAACAAGUACACAGAAAAUAACAGAACUUAACUUGCCAAAGGAAAAUAACCAUAAUAAUAAAGUAAAAAAUCAGGCUACUCUAUACGGCAUGCUUCUAACUGUCCCUGCUUUCACAUCUAGUGCAUCAGCUCCCUCCCAGCAUGUUACAACAUCACGCCCCCCCCGUCUGUCCCGAUCAGGAGUGCAGCCGUGCACGCGCUUUCUUUUUCGCCAUUAAGAGGAGUUUUAUGAAACAGAGGUGUUCACGCAAUGUAUGCUGGGAAUUUUUGUAAGGUCUUUCUUGAUGGCUGGAGGAAGGCUCACGCCUGCGCGGAGCAUGUGGUUGUCCCGGAUAAAACCCACCACCUAUCGUCAUAAAAGCACUAGUGGGCAGUAAGGACCAGGAUAACUACCACUGAUCUAGAUCAGGGGUUCCCAAUUUUUUUUCCUAUGGAACCAUUUGACAUUGUGUACCUGUGAAGAAAAUAAACUGAGUUCUGCAUUUUAUUCUGUGUUCGUGCUUUUCUGCACCCUUUCGUUCAUUUUGGAUUUAUUGGUUCGGCAGUUUAAAACUACCGAACACCGACCACUCUCCUGGCUCAUUAACUUCAAAAGAACCAUCUAUUAAGCGCUCUCUGGGCGGCCGCCGUUCGUAUAGCCAAAUGCCACAUGGAACAGAAAACGGCGGCCUUCUUGUUUCCACGAAAGGAGGCAGCGGGACUUGGUGUUGAGUGUCUGGAACUAAAAUCGGACACUCGAUUUCCCGAACCACCGCUGAAACUACCGAACGCCUGCUUCCUUUAGUUGCCAAACAGCCAGGAGAGUGCCAUUCGGUAGUUUGGUUCAUAUGAACAAGGGGAGCAAUCGCUCCUAUGAGCCAGGAGGAUCCAUUCGGGACUUUAUUCGUUUUUAUGCCAUUUACUAAAUUGACCGACCACACACUCUGAAUUCGUGGAACUAUUUUGGGCAGGAGCCUCGUGCGUGGUUGGUAACUUAUGACUUCCAUAAAAUGGAGAAAUAAAGUAAACAGAGUGCAGGUCAGGAGUCCGGAUACAAGUCAAGGGCUCAUGAGCUGCACCACUGUAACCACCUAAUAAGGCAGCUCCAAUGAGGGGGUAACCCUUGUAAAUAUGUAGGUAAUAGGAGUAGGUGAUGUGUAGAGUCCCACAAGGGGAAUCCAAAAUCAGGAGAGCUCCACUAUAUAAGAAAUGAGGAAGGGAGGACUUACCUUUAAUCAAUCUAAGCAUAAAAAGGGAUAUGCAAGCAAAAAGUAUAACUUGAAAAAAAGGGAGAUCUACUAAACAGUGCCCAGGGGCUCAAUUGUCUGGAGUACUAGCUAGCAUCUAAUUUCCAGUUCCCCUAGUGUCCGACUGACAGGAAGGUAGUGUAAACGAGGUUAGGGAGAGAGAAGAGGCUCAGGUUCCCCAGAGAACAAGGGACCGGGUAAUCAGGUCUAAAUGCAGAUGAAAAGCCUCACACAAAAAAUAAAUAAAUCUGUGAGGCUCCUGACGGCGGCGUUUUGAACACCCCAAAACGCGAGUCAAGCAUUUGCUUUUUCUUUAAUCUCUGCAUUUGGUAGCACUUUUUUUAUUUUUGUUACCACCAUGGUUAUUGAUUUUUAGGUGUUUAUUUAUUUAUUUAUAACUUUAGUAGGGAGAGUUGGUUCAGGUAGACACUAGUGGUUAGACCAUGGUGUCGAGGUAAAUUUUAUGGUGAAUUGAGAGAUUUUUUUUUUUUGUGUGAGGCUUUUCAUCUGCGUUUAGACCUGAUUACCCGGUCCCUUGUUCUCUGGGGACCCUGUGCCUUUUCUCGACCAAAAACACUAAAACAGCCAUACCUGUCAAGUGUCAUGUAUCUGAUGGAGUUGGUGUUGGAGGGAAACUCAAAGGAUGCAGCUAUAAGAAAACACAUACUUUGUGCUAAUCUCUCUCUAAUGUAUGCUUUCAUCUUUCAAGUAAAUCCAUACCCCCUAACAGCAGUGUCCAGUGAAGCAGGAAGUCAAUGGGUGGGGUAAAAGGGUGGACUACUGACGCAAAUCACGUGACCAGAACUGCCAAAAGGGGGCAUGUCUGUCUAAAGAAUUGGAAGGCCAGCCUGGCAUCAGUGUCCCUAUGUCGCCCAAUCCCCUUGUCUCCCAGUGUCUGUGUCCCCAUUUCUCCCAGUGUCCCCAUGUCUCAGUGUGUCCCGUGUCACUAGGAUACUAGGGGACACUGAGAGACAUGGGGACACAGUGAGACCCAGGGACACUGAGACACUUGGGGACACUGGGAGACAUGGGGGCACUUGUGGAUACAGACAUGGGGACACUGGGAGACUUGGGGACACUGAGACAUUUGGGGACACUGGGAGAAAUAGGGUCACAGACACUAGGGACACAGAUACAUGGCAACACAGACACUGGGAGACAUGGGGACACAGACAUUUGGUGAAACUAGGGACACUGAGAAACAUGGAAACACAGACACUGGGAGACUAGGGGACACUGGGAGACUAGGUUACACUGGGAGACAUGGGGACACAGACACUAUGGACACUGACUGGGAGGCAUGAGGACACAGACACUUGGGGACACUGGGAGACAUAGGAGCACUUGUGGACAUAGACAUGGGGUCACUGGGAGACAUGGGGACACUGAGACAUUUGGGGACACUAGGAGACAUGGGGACACUAGGGACACAGAGACAUGGGGACACGGACACUGGGAGACAUGGGGACACUGAGACACUAGGGACACUGGCUGGGAGACAUAGGAACACUGGGAGACAUGGAGACACUGAGACACUGGCUGGGAGACAUGUGGACACUGGGAGACAUGAGGAUACAGACAUUUGGGGACACUCUGGGACAUGGGGACACUGAGAGACAUGCGGACACAGACACUGGGAGACUAGGGGACACUGGAAGCCAUGGGGACACUGAGACACUAGGGACACUGGCUGGGAGACAUGGGGACACUGUGUCCCUAGUGUCUCCAUGUCCCAAUGUGUCUCCCCAUGUGUCUCAGCGUCCCCAUGUCUCACAGUGUCCCCUAGUGUCUCAUUGUCCCCAUGUUUCCCAGUGCCCCAAGUGUCUUAGUGUCCCCACAUCUCCCAGUGUCCCCUAGUGUCUGUGUAUCCAUGUGUCCCCUAGUGUCUCAGUGUCCCUAUGUCUCCCUGCUGCUUUCCCCACAUCCUUCACAUACAUGAGCUGUAGUCUGUCUCUGUAGGCUGGGAGCUGCUGUCUAGACUCUAUCUGCUGUGUAGCUGCUCCCCAUGGAUCAGUGAGUAGAGAGAGGCAGGUAGAUGUUGUAACUUCCUAUCCCUGCCUCUUUCCAUACACAGUGACCCCUACUGGCCGGUGCUGGUGUUGCAGAGUAUACUCUGUUUAAACUGAGAAAAAUAUUUGCAUUUGUAUUGCCGGUAUCACUGCAAUACCGUCAUGGCCAGGCAGCCUCAAAUACUUACUGUGCCUUAAAAUACCAGUCAGGUGGCAGACCUAAGACUGUGUGUAAAAAAUAAAUAAAAAUGGGCCUAUUCCAUGGGCCUGGAGCUGCAGCUCCUUUAGCCCCUAUGUUAAUCUGGCCCUGCACACACCUUGACACACAGAUACACACACACUUGUACAUAAACACACUGGCACGUAUACACACUCAGAUACACACAGUAGCACACAAAUACACACACUGACGCAGGAGGCACACACUGAUAUUGGCUGUGGCUGAUGGGAGUGAGCAUGCAGCAGCUCACUCCAGCCACUCCUCUGCCAUCCAUCCUGCUGCCUGUCUGUGCGGCCGUUUCCAAACUCCUCCCAGCUUUCAGCUGCCUUCUACCUCCCAACCGUGUGGCACCACUCUGUGAAGCUGGGAGGAAGAGAUCUGCAGGGCCAGUGCAGGUAUUGUUGGGUACACAGGUGAAGAUGAAUUUUGCCAUCCCCUCCUCCCCCCCACACAAAUAAAAUGCAUCUUUAGCGUUGUCUUGCUGUCUUGUGUAGCCUUUGGAAAUUAUUACCCCAUUUAGUGUAUUGUAUUCCCCUUUAGUGUGUCUUACACCCCCUUGUAUGUCUCUUACAACCCCUCUUGUGUAUCUUGUUUUUCCCCCAGCCCCUUUGUGUUUCUCUUUCUUUCCCACAGUCCUUUUCUGUUGGUCUUUCCCCUCAGCUUGUUUUUAGUGUGUCCCUCUUCCCCUCAGGGCCCUUUGUGUAUCUUUUCCCUCCUAAGCCAUAUAGACAUAGAUAUAUAGCAACAUGCACAUACAGGCACAGAGUCACAGAAAUAUACAGGCACACAGUCAUACAAUCAACAAAUACAGGUACACUGUCAUAAAGACACAGUCAUACAGAGAUAUACAAACACAGACAUACAGUCAUACAAAUACAUUAUGACAAAGGCAUACAGAGACAUACAGGCAUGCAGAGACAUGAUGCAUACACACGCAUGCAGGGACAUAUAUACACAGACAUAGUCACAAAAAGAUAUACAGAACAAGGCAUACAGAGACAUACGGACACAAUCAUAUAGAGACAUACAGACACAGGUAUACAGAGCAGGGCAGAUCCAGAAACCCAACCUUAGGAGCUGCACGUGGGAGAAUAGAGGCUGUAGUGGAAGGGAUGUGAAGUAGGGCAGUUAGAGGCUGUAGAGGGGGGUAUAGGGGCUGUGGUGGGGGCACAGGAGCAAUAUGGUUGGAAACAGAGGCAGUAUGGUGGGACACAAGGGAAGUAGAGGGGGAAACAGGAGAAGUAGAGGGGACACAGGGGCAGUAUGGUGAGGGCACAGUGGCUGUAGAGGGGGGACACAGGCUGUAGAGAGGGAGACAGGGGCUGUAGAUGAGGACACUGAGGCAAUAUAGUUGUGUUACAGGGACAGUAUGGUGGGGUAAAUGGGCAGUAGAGGGGGGCAGGGGCUGUAGGGGGGCAGGGGUUGUAUAGUGGGACACAGGGACAAUAUGAUGGGGGCACAGGGGCAGUAGAGGGGGACAGAGGCUGAAAAGGGGGGCAGGGACUGUAGAGGGGGCAGAGGCUGUAGAGGGGGGGAGACAGGGGCAGUAGAGGGGAGGAUGGGGAAGUAGAUGGGGACAGAGGCAGUAUGGUGGGGGGCAGGAGCUGUAGAGGGGUGGCAGGGGCUGUAGAAGCUAGACAGAUGCAGUAUGGUGGGGGGGCGGGCUGUAUAAAGAAAUAGAGGGGGCAGUAUCGAGAAAUAGAGGGGGCACAAGGGCCUGAAGAGGAUAGCACAGGGGCAGUAGAGGGGGGGGCAGGAGCAUUAUAGCGGGGACAGGGGCUAUAGAGGGAAAUAUAGGGUCUGUAGAGGGAGGAACACGGGCAGUAGAGGAGGUAGUAUAGGGGGAACAGGGGCUGUACAGUGAAGUAGAAGGGGCAGGGGCAGUAUGGUGGGGGUCAGGGGCUGUAGAGGAGGCAUUGAAGCAGUAUGGUGGGGAAGGGGCAGUAUAGGGGGGCAAGGGCAGUAUGGUGGGAGCAGGUGCAGUAUGGUGGGGGAAGGUGCUUUAGAGGGAAAUAGAGGGGCUCUAUAGAGGGCACAGGGGCUGUAGAGGGGGCAGUAUGGAGGGGGCAGGGGCAGUAUAGUGGGGGCAAAGGCUGUUGAGGGAAAUAUAGGGGAUGUAGAGGAGGCACAGGGGCAGUAGAGGGGGCAGGGGCAAAAUGGUGGGGACAGGGGCUGUAGAGUGGGGAAGGGGCAGUGUGGUGGCAGUGUGGUGGUGGCAGGGUCGGUAAUGGAAAAGAGAGGGGCCAUAGAAGGGGCAGGGGCAGUAUUGUGGGAGGCAGGAGCUGUAGUGGGGCACAGGGGCUGCUAAAAAAAAGUUUUGAUUUAAAAAACAAAAAAACAUACUAAAAGGUACCCACCCCCCCUCUUAGAGGCUUACCUUGGGCCAGGGAGGGAAAAAACUUCGGGUGGGACUGCUGCACUGGAGGCUGGCACAUAGUCAGGAACGCUGGGGAGUCUGGGAGGAGUUGAAGUCCUGCUCCCUUCUGACAUCAUCAGAGAAGGUCGGCUGACUUCACUGCCAGGCUCCUGCACUGUGCUGGCUGCAGGGAGAGCAAGGUGAGUUGAAAAGUCCCCAGUUAGGGGAUUUGGAUUUUUGCACCCCACCUGCUCUGGCGCCCUAAGGCGGCCUGUGCCGCCUUAUGGACGCGCCAGUCCUGGUGAUCUGCUGUAACUUCCUCCCAGCCGGUGGAUACUACAGGGUCCGGUGGUACUCUUAAAGGACUGCAGCACCCGACCAGGCCUCUGUUCAGCAAUUAAAAUUGUGUCAGCCAUUUUGGUUGCUGAAAUCACAGCAGAAUCCUAUUUUUGUUCCUGCGGAACACCAAUUGGUAAACGCUCAUGUAGAUGAUCUAGUAAAAGACAAGUAAAUAUACUGAGCAGUGGUCAUUGCAUUAUGUAAUAUAUAAAACAGUUUGGGAAAUAGUUGUCACACCGAAAGAACAAAAUAGGAUAUUUUUUUUCACUUAUUGUUUAUAAGAAUGUAGAAUAGGUUACACCAGCUACCAGCGUCUGAGAAUGCAAUACUGACAGUAAAUGACACAGCUUGUCUCGAUGCAGAACUCCCUAACUCCCAUAGGAAUGCUAGUGCAACUGGAAAUAGAAACUGGUUCUUGUGAACUUACCACUAAGUCGGAAAGAGAAACUAUUUCUCAUCAGUAGCAGGUCCACAGGGACAUGCAGAAUAAGCAUGUGAAAAAAGAAGAAAGUAUUGCUACGUAAUAUUACUAUCAAAUGUAAUUAUUUCUAACACGUGUAAAAAGACCCUUCCAGGCUUCUUCCUAGACAACUUUCAUGUAUUAUUAAUAUUACAAUAAGAUUAAUAUAAGUUAAUAUGCAUGGCAAAUAAUUUUCAGAUUUUGUGGAAGGAAAAAUAAUAUCUUGCUAGUAAAAUAAAGUUGUACAGAAAUCCACUUCUACAGCUACAGCAUCCAAAAGAUAAAAAAGCCUGUUGAAAGCAGGAGUGAAAACUUUCAUGUGCACCAUCAGAAGUUCUAGCAUCAUAUUCAAUGUGUACAGUACACUGCAUAUUGCAAUGAUGCACACAUGCACGUCACACAAGCCGAUUUACAAGAGUCCCAAGAAUACAUGCUCGUUGCAAAUCCUAUACAUUUUUAUUGGAGAGCACUGAAUGACUGAAUUUGAUUAGACAUUUCCUGAUACACAAAAUGAAAACUUCAGAGAUCUGUUUCUUUUCCUAUUUUAAUUAUUUAUUUAUUUUUCAUUGCAUUGGUUUACCUUAUCUUCAUAAGCUAUUAAAUGGGAAAGUCAGCUUUUCCCUAAUACACAUUGCAUACUGUUUGUCCUUUUUAGGGUAAUUAAUGCCUUAGGGCUGCUAUGCCACACUGAACUGCCAAAGGUUGCUUUGGAAAUAUUAGAUGACUAAAUUACAGAAAGACGGUGUACAUGGGAGAGGGAAUCAGAAUCAAGAAGGAGAGAAAAAGCUUGAGAGGGCUGAGAGAGAUAGGCAUACUAGAAGGCGAUAAUAAGGACAUAUGGGGAACUCAGGAGACAGAGGGAGUGGGAAGAUAAUGCAAAGUGGUCUGGUCAGUAAAAGGAAGAUGGAAUACUACUAAGCAGGGGUAAGCUACCUUCGGCACUCCAGAUGUAGUGGACUGCAUCUCCUGUGAUUUUCUUAUAGCCAUAAUGCUGGCAAAGUAUCAGGGGAGAUGUCCGUAAUAUCUGGAGUGCAGAAGGUUGAAUACCCCUGGAACAAAGUGGGGAAAAGAUAGCGUCCCACAAAGAAAUGGGGAGAUUAAGGGUGAUAUGUGUAUCUUGGUACUUCCCCCAUUAAUAUAAAUAUAUAGAUGCUAGCCCACUGUUUUUUACCAGAUCCUUUGCAUAAUAACAUGAUAUAUUUCAUGUACACAUAAACUAUAAAAUACAUGCAAUGCACAUUGUAAAAGCACAUGAAGCACUAGUUGCAAACAUAACAUACACACACACAUAUAACUUGCACAAAUAAAAGCAUUGCGUGCAUAUUUGCAAGAAGUACAUACAUCUCAACUGUACUUUUAGGAGAGCCCAAAUAUCUCGUUCUCUCUUUUAUUAAUGUGUGUAGCAGAGCUGCACAGCUUUAAAAUUCAGAGUAAAGUGUAUUUAAACUACAAAAAUGGGUUUAGAAUGCCAGUCUGUGUAUAUCAGUUACACUGACCAUGAUCUAAAUUAAAUUUUAUUUGCAUACAUUGUUAUUAGUAAGUAAUCUAAAAUGUUUCAGAACAACCUCACCCAAGCCGCACCCUGGUCAUACCCCUAAAAUUAAACUGUCCUCUUUGUCCAUUUUAAAAUGUUGGGAGUAAUAGAAACUUAUGGGAAAGGGAAGUUACAAACUGAAAAUCCCUACAUUCACAGAUACAUAUACACUCCAGACAACUACAUAAUGACAUUCUUCAUAUCCAACCCCAGCCUUUACAUACACACAAAUACUCCACACAUCUCUACAUUCACAUACAUUGACACUCCACAAAAUUGCAUCUCUGAUACAUACACACAUUGGCACUCAACACAAAUACACCCCACAUUUGAGUGAUCUAGUGUGCGAGUCGUAUUGCUGUUAUACAAACAUACUCAUGAAUAUUACAUUGCAGAGACCCACAACAACAAAAUGCACAUUAAUGUUCUUUGUUAUGAAUGUUUUUUUUUCUCUCUGUCAAACUGUAAUAAAAUAAUUAUACACAUCCCCUUUAGAGACAUGGCUCUAGAUGCACCCAUGCCCCCUUCCCUCGGUAUAACCUCUUCCUGUAACAGUACAUCUACACAGGAAACACAAAACACUGUUAACAAAAUUUUAAGAUUGACAGAAACUUUUGUUGUUAUUUUUUUUUUACUUACCACAUGUUUAUUAGCACAGAAAUGGUGAAGAAAUGUUUGUCACAGAGGUUUAUUUUUUUAUUUUGCAGAGAUAUGUGAGUAAGACAAUUCUGCUGAAAAAAUGAAUAAAAGCAGUAUCUAUAUGCACGUCACAUUUUAAUUACAUUUGAGCAUGAAAUGACAAUUUAGUGUAAAAUUGAUUCUGUCACUUUUCUAACAUUGCAUAACAUUUUUGUCAAACAAAUUCUGAUUAAUUUUGAAAGUCUAUUAUUUUUAUUUAAUUUUCUACUUGUGAACACUUUAGAUACUUAGCAUUGUAAUCUUCACUGAAUAUUCACUAGAAGUGAUGAAGAGGAAGGAUUGCUGUCCAGAUGUCAGCAAGUUUUACAACAUUGGUGAGUGCAUGUACAUUGCUCAUAUAUAUUGGUAAUAUUAUCAUGUAAGCAGAUUCAAUGGCAACACUGAUUCAUUUUGUUAUUUUGCUCGUUAUUAAAAUGGAAGUGUCUUGGGCCCAAGUAAAUUAUUUUUAGAAGAAGUGCAAAAUAUAUAUGGAGCAAUUCAGAGUCAAAGUUCUAAAAGUCAGAAUCCCUGAUUUCCGAGCUGCGAAAGAAAUGUAAUAGACUUGUGCAAUACAUGAGCAUGUUUGUGUCAUUUCUAAAUUCUGAAUUCUGCCCAUGGUGCCAAAAAAACAAGACACUUGAUGGGGAAAAUGAUGAUUGAUGUUUUGGGGACAACCACUAAAUGUUAAUUUUAUUCAAAGAUCAAGUGAGAAGUGACCAAUAGAGGGUGAUGAAAGGAGGAGAAGUAAAAAAAUAAAUCUAUAUUUAUGUAUUUUAUAAAUAUAUAAAUACUUGCCUGAGCAGGGUGCUCAUCUACCUAUUGUUCCUGCAUCAUUUUGUAAUUCUCCCAUUUAUAAUAUUGUGAAGCGCUGCGGAAUAAGUUGGCGCUAUAUGAAUACCAAUAAUAACAAUAAAUAUAGGUUUAUUACCACACCUCUUCUUUUUCACUCUGUUGGUUACUUUUUCUCUGUGAAGCAAAUGGAAGGAUAAUGUGCCCAUCAGUGAACUGCAAACUAUAUACAUAUGUAUAUGUAUUACAAAACACUGAUUGGCCUGUUGUCUCCCCCUUCUGGGUUGUGUGAAUUUCUUUUCUGAAUCUUGUUUUGGCAGAUGUAAUUCUAACAAGCCAAACAACUGCAUGCACAAAAUUGCUAUACAAAGUUUGGAUCAUUUUUUGGAACAACAAAAUAUUCAAAGAUGUAAUAGCUAAUAUACAGGGUAAUAACUUAUUGAUCAAAAGAUAAAUCCGAAAGCCAUUUUGAUAUCAUUUUUUUUUUCCAAUUUGUGUCAAAAUGGAAAAUUUAUUUUAAUUACCAUCUUUUAGAUCAACAGCAGAAACAGGUGUGCUGAAUUUGAUGGUCUUGAACCAUUUUUCACUUUAUAGUUACAUAGGCUGAGAAGAGACAUGCUUUCAUCAAAUUCAGUCUUUCUCACAUCGGUUUUUGCUGUUGAUUCAAAAUAAGACAAAAAAAACAAAACAGUUUGAAGAGUAUUCCAAUUUUGCAACAAAUAUCCACUGACAAAUAAAAUACAAUGCCUUAAUUUUUCUAUAGAUAUACUGUAUGCUUAUUUUGAAUUUGUUUUUACUUUGACAAUUAACUGACUUGUAAAAAAUUUUUCCUUGUGAUUUAUUUUCUCAGCGGAUGCUGCCUCCAGUUACCUCCUACUAAUAGUCUUAUUUGCGAUCAGUGUUUUGCUGUUUUGUGGAGAUCUGGCGGUAUGUGGGCAGUUGAUUUACAAUACAAUUUGCUACCAUUAAAUUAUGUUUUUAUUUUAUACUAUAUUAAAAAGAAAAUGCUUUUAGUAAACUGUGAGAUUUCAAGACAUACAUGUAUUGACUUUCAUGUCUUUAAAAAGAAAAUGCUUUUAGUAAACUGUGAGAUUUCAAGACAUACAUGUAUUGACUUUCAUGUCAGCAAAAUAUUCAGUGUGAAGUAUAUCCUAUAGGGACAAGCACCACUUCACCAUUAUGUUUGUAAACAAGCAAGCAAACUACUAAGUUCAUUGUGGGCUAGCACAAUAACAUGACAAUAGAAAUCCACCAAUCAGCAACAUUGAAAUCUCUACAAUUACAAACAUAAAAAAAAAAAAGGUUGGGAGCAACAGAAGCGCCAGUACCUCCUCCUCUAUUGCCACCCUUAGACAGAGCAGGGGAGACAGGGACAGUUGUAAUCCUCAAGGGUAUAUACAAAAUUUACCCCACAGCAGACCGCAAUCUGGAGGGAUAUGCAAGAGAAGGCUGAAAAUUGUCAAUUGUUUUUAAUGCAAUUAAAAGAUAAAAAAAAACAGUGAAAAAAUGUGUGAAUGUGCUAAAAACAAAGCAAAAAACGUAGCAAAAAAAAAUAAAAUUACAAUCAACCAUUCUCUUUAUUCUUACCGUGUUUAAGUUCAGAUAAAUGAUAAUCUAAUUUUGUCAACUCAGAAUUGGCAUUGCAAAAAUGGCUGAUACUGUGUAGCCAUUAGGCCUGGCAAUACCAUAGCCAUUUGCAGUUUUUUUUUUUUCAGAAUUCAACCGAGCCGAACAGCGGCACAAACAUAAUUCUGUGGACAUGAAAAGAUAUAUACUUUUUUUUACACUGUAAAUGUAUAGCAAUUAGUUGAGGACAUAUUCUUCACAUCAAUGGUGUUAUCAUUUGAAAAGAAGAUGGUGAUGGUGGUAUCAUAAAACCAUUAUCAGCUUUAACACGGUUUUAUAAUUUCUGCACAUUUUCUAAUACCAAUUUAUGUUUCUCCCCAUCUCCACAGAGUCGAGCAUCUCUGGUUAUACCAUUCUUCGCCUUACAGUUUAUGGAUUUAAUUCUUAGUUCCUUGGUACUCUGCAGCAUCUACAUUGAGCUUCCAACUUACAUAAGGACCCGGGCACAAGGCAAUGUGGUUAGUAACAUUUUUAUUUCUCUUUGAAGAGUUAUUGUUUCUUUAAAUUUGGUAUUUUAUUAAUGUUUCUUUCUUUCAGGCUGCCCUAGAGCUCACCACUGCAUCAACUACAGCUAUCAACAUGUUCCUGAGUUUACUGACUCUAUGCAGCUCCUAUGCUGAAGUCCCAGCCUACCUAAAUCUACGGUCAAUGAAUUACAUGGUAUGUUGAGAUCAGAAAUAUUUAAUCUUUAACUACCUUAAUUCAUGUCCUUAUACAAAUGUUACUCUUUAUAUUAAGUAUCUUUAAAUAACUUUUCUUAGGAGAAAAUUAGAUUCAAUCUGGGUCCUAGUCUUCAUGAGUGACCAUGAUUUCCAAUCCUAUGCUUCGUGUAUAAAAUGUGAUACUUCUUUAUCACAAGUACCAAUUGUGUCAGCUAGAAUUUAAACUGGAGUAAGAAAUAUGGUCAAAUGCAGACUGCAAACAGUAGGGGACAUUAAACUUGCAGAUGUGUUUAGCACCAAACUUUAAUUCGGCUAAAAUUGGACCAAUCAGGUGAUCGGAAGAUGCCACAAGCUAGAAUCUCAGCUGAACUGACUUGUGUGAGCCCAACAGUGUUUGGCUUGGUUCUACAUCUGGCCUGCAAGUCUUGGUAUCAGAAAAAAAGUGGAAUGUAUAGAAAAGAAGUUGAACUUCCAAUUUGCAAGCAGCCAAGCACCAGAGUUUAGGGGAACCAAUUCGCAGUAGCAGAACAUGCUCGUUUUCAUUGGUGAUUCGGAGUGCCCUUCCUAGCACCAGAAAAAAGGGAGAGGUUGUGGGUUCCGGCAAGUACAUAUGCUCUAAAACCUACAGAGUUAAAGCAUCUUUCUGCCAAAAUUGUAACUCCAUCAUCAGGAACUCCAGCAGCAUCUUUAGCCAAUCCAGCAGUGCCGAUCCUAGGGUCACACACGCUUGGGUGCAGAAAUUCUUUUGAUGUCCACAUGUUUGUGUGGUAAUUUUUUCAAACUCGUCCACUUUGUAAAUGUCUAAGAGAGAAACACUGACAGACGCACACUGGCAGACACAAUCUCAAUGACAUACACACAAUCUAACUGGUUUGAAACACUCACUGACAGACACACACCCACUGACAGACACACACACACAAUCACUGACAGACACACAGUAACAGACACACUCAUUGACAGACACACUCAUCUCAAUGCCUACAGUAAUUGAGAAAGGUAGUGGUCGUUUUUGGUGGGAUUGCUGUGCAUAUAUAUAUAUACAUCAGCUGUAAAACUUGAGGAUUGCUGACAGAAAAAAGUACUUUAACUGACAGACACACACACACACUCACUGACAGACACACACACACACAUUCGCUGCCAGACACACUCACACACUUACUGACAGACACACACACAUUCACUGACAGACACACUCAUACACUCAAUGACAGACAGAAACACAUUUACUGACAGACACACUCACACACUCACACACUCACUGACAGACACACUUGCUGACAGACACACACUGAUUGACAGACACACGCACAUGCUCACUAACAGACAUACUCAUUGACUGAUGCAAACACACACUCACUGACAGACACGCACCCUAACCCUAACAAACACACACACACACACACUGACAGAUGCACACAUUCUUGCACACUCUCACAAACUAAUUUUAUUGUCUGAAGCCAAUCCAGGUGCCGUGCCUCUCUGUGGGGUCCAGUGUGAGGUUGUAAUCUUGCAGUUCCUCACUCCUACCACACACUGUUUAGUAUGCCGGGGCCAGAAUGAAAUCAUUUUCCAGCUCCCGACAUUACAGGGCACACAAGGGAGGAGUUAGGAACUGCAAGAUCAGCCUCCCUUGCCACCGCCACAUGCUGCCUGCCAUUUUCUCCUCCAUUGUCUUUUUUCUUUUGAGGGGAGACCAUGCCAAUACACCAGCCAAAAAAAGUUUUCUCAUUUAAAUGACAUUUUUUUGGGUUGGAGUAACCCUUUAACUUUAAAGGACAAAAUUGGGAUUGCUUAUUCCAAACUGCCUAAUCAAAAUUCUUCUAAUGUAAAUAUAGUUUGUAUAGAAUAGCAAAUGUAGUGUACAUGUGCAGCUAUAUGUAAUCAUACAACAAAUGUUCAUUGAUUUGUUGGACAAAAAGUGACAGAAAAUGACAGAAAGGGAAGAAAUCUUUAAUUUGAGUUAAAAAAAAAAUAUAAAAUUGAUUUAAAUAGAAAAAAAAUGUAUGAUAAUAAUACCCUUAAAAAUCUUUCAAAAUAUUUCUGGAGAUUGGCAUAAAGGUAUUAUCAAGUUGACACAUACUACAAACAAGAUUUAAAAAAAUUGUAUUUUUCUCAAUCUCCUUUUUUGAUAUAAUAUAAAAGAAUUAGGAAAUGGGCACAGUAAGGACAGGAGUAGGCCAAACGAACUUUGAUUACAUUUUAUUGAAAGCUUUCAACAAAUAUAAAAUUUAAAGAAGAUUGUAUAAAUCGUAAUAAAAUAUCCUUUGUUCCUUCUCAGAAUUAUUUUAUGGAGGACAAUUUGGCUUCUCAGAACUAUGUUGUGGACCUGAUAACAUUCACUCUCCUACAUAUCUCUGUGCUUAUGUUUAAGGUAAGAAGCAAUUUUAAAUCUCUGCUCUUGUAACUAUCCCUUUCAAUGUCUAAAUCAUUAAGAGAGUUCUUUAGCUCAGGUCUUGCAGGGUAAAAUUGUUUAAUCCCUUCUCUUUCAAAUGACAGAAUUAUUUAAUCAUUGUCACCCAGGCCAAAAAGCCCAUCAAUGGAAUAAACACAUCAAGAUUUUUUUUGAACUAGUAGGGCCUGUUAUUCUGCUGAACAUGGGGAAGCCGUCACAUUGCUCAAUAACCUUUCUGUCAGUCGGAGCUACUAUUUGUGCUCCCACACUGACUAAUUUCUUCUGUGCCUUUUUUAAGAAUUGUAGAGACAAAAAUUUGGGGGCAAACCCGGAACAUGCAUUUUACAGGAAUAGUGCUAAUAGGAACCACAAACAUCUAAAAAUAACAUUUUAAAUUUUAUAAGGCUACUUAAAAUCACCUAUCUUAGCAAACAAAUAUAGGGACCAGUUCCAUUCAUAUUGUGUUAAGCCGACCACUAUGACACAGUACCCUAAUAUCAAUGAUAUAGGGAAAAAAAACUGUAAAAUGAAUAACUAAUACUUGUCUCUGAAAGCAUUGCUUAAAGAAAGUUUGUACAAGGAUGAGCGGGUAGCGCCUCACAUUAUUCCAGCUGUAUAUGUAACACAAAUAAAACAAGAAAUAUAAAGUGUAGUAUUCUUCACAAAGUGGGAGAGUGAACAGAAAAAAAAAUGUACUUACAAAGAGCUCCACUUCUAUGUGCGUACAAUUCCGUUUAUGUAUUCUUGUUAUAUCCCUCGGUUUCAAUGGAUAAUCCAGGAUGUAUGAAAGAUAACACACAGAUGGAUUAAUAUAGUGUAGUCUGUCUGAAUAGUAUAGAUAAAUUUUAAUGAAAUAAGAUUACACUCACAUAUUCUGGAGCCUAUAUAUUGGCUCCUAAAUUGUAGCGUGGAGUGGUAUAAUCCACAAUUUGGGAUACUUGUGAGAGAAGGUUCUCUCCUUGCGUACUGUAUGUAUGCAUAUAAUGUAACUAAACCCACAUUAUUUUUUGCCUAGGUGAGGUGUUUUUAAAUAAAACUAUUACAGUAUCUAAGAUUUGAAAUCAUUGUUUAGUGAAUAAGCGAGUGCGCUGGAUUCUGUAUUUUUAUAUAUAUAUGUAUUGUUUUUGCCCCCAUUUUUCAUGAGCUGAACUCAGACAUCUGAGACAUAUUAUGUACACAAAAGGACUAUUUCUCUCAAUUAUUGUUCACAAAUACUGUCUAAAUUUGUGUUAGUGAGCACAUCUCCUUUGCCGAGAUAUUCCAUCCACCUCAAGAUGCUGAUUAUACAGCAUGAUUAUUGCACAGGUGUGCCUUAAGCUGGCUAUAAUAAAAGGCCACUCUAAAAUGUGCAUUUUUAUCACACUGCACAAUGCCACAGAUGUUGCAAGUUUUGAGGGAGCGUGCAAUCAGCAUGCUGACUGCAGGAAUGUCCACCAGAGCUGUUGCCCAUGAAUUAAGUGUUAAUUUCUCUUCCAUAAGACAUCUCCAAAGACGUUUCAGAGAAUUUAGCACUACAUCCAACCAGCCUCACAACCGCAGACCAUGUGUAACCACACCAGCCCAGGACCUCCACAUCCAGCAUCUUUACCUCCAAGAUCAUCUGAGACCAGCCACCCGGACAGCUGCUGCAACAAUCGGUUUGCAUAGCCAAAGAAUUUCUGCACAAACUGUCAGAAACCAUCUCAGGGAAGCUCAUCUGCAUGCUUGUCAUCCUCAUCGCGGUCUCAACCUGACUGCAGUUAGUUGUUGCAAUCGACUUGAGUGGGCAAAUGCUCACAUUCGAUGGCGUCUGGCACUUUGAAAAGGUGUUCUCUUCAUGGAAGAAUCCCGGUUUUUACUGUACAGGAUAGAUGUCAGACAGCGUGUAUGGCGUCGUGUGGGUGAGUGGUUUGCUGAUGUCAACAUUUUGGAUCGAGUGGCCUAUGGUGGCGGUGAGGUUAUUGUAUGGGCAGAGGUAUGUUAUGGACAACUAACACUGGUGCAUUUUAUUGAUGGCAUUUUGAAUGUACAGAGAUACCAUGACGAGAUCCUGAGGCCCAUUGUUGUGCCAUUCAUGCACGACCAUCACCUCAUGUUGCAACAUGAUAAUGCACGGCCCCAUGUUGUAAGGAUCUGUACACAAUUCCUGGUAGCUGAGAACAUCCCAGGUCUUGCAUGGCCAGCAUACUCAACGGACAUGUUACCCACUGAGCAUGUUUGGGAUGGUCUGGAUCGGUGUAUACGACAGCGUGUUCCAGGUCCUGCCAAUAUCCAGCAACUUUGCACAGCCAUCGAAGGAGUGGACCAACAUUCCACAGGCCACAAUCAACAACCUGAUCAACUGAAUGCGAAGGAGACGAGUUGCACUGCAUGAGGCAAAUGGUAGUCACACCAGAUACUGACAGGUUUUCGGUCCCCCCGGACCCUGCCAAUACAGUAAAACUGCACAUUUUAGAGUGGCCUUUUAUUGUGGCCAGCCCAAGGCACACCUGUGCAAUAAUCAUACUGUCUAAUCAGCAUCUUGAUAUGCCACGCCUGUGAGGUGGAUGGAUUAACUCAGCAAAGGAGAAGUGCUCACUAACACAGAUUUAGAUAUAUUUGUGACCAAUAUUAGAGAGUAAUAGGCCUUUUGUGUACAUAGAAGAAGUCUUAGAUCUUUGAGUUCAGCUCAUGUAAAAAUGGGUGGAAAAACAAAAGUGUUGCGUUUGUAAUUUUGUUCAGUGAAUAUAUAUAUUCUAGAAUUUAUUUUAAAAAAAUUAUUUUAGGUUAAAGUUUAUAGUGUUUCCUUAAAGAACUUAUUUUGUGGAUAAGAAUAAGGCACACAUUGGCAUGGUAGUUAUUAGGAUUAGAGGAUUGAAAAUUACUUAAUGAGUCUGUUAUUGAGUUAGGGACGGGUAUUGGAUGUAUUUUUGAUGGUGUCUGGGUAUUUGUAAUACAUUUCCUUCUUCAUGUGGGAAAUAGCAUGUUCAAACUGUAGUUAGAAAUGAGAAAAGUCAUGUGUUACUAUAAAAGCCAACUAGUUAUAAAAGCCAACUGGUAAGAUGUAUUGCAGGGGACAAGCAUUACAUUUUUUAUUCUGUCUGUCUGUGCUAGUAUUCAAGUUAACUAACGGGUAAAGAACAAGUCUGUUGAUAUAUUUCGAAGAUUGUCAACCUUAAACGAUUGUAAAAUCAUGAUGUGUUAAUACUACUUUUUUUGUGUGUUAAAUUAGUAAAUUACCACAUAUUUGUUUUUAAUCAGCUUUGUAAGAUGCAAAUAGUGGCUGGCUUCCUACUUUCCAUUUGAAAAAAAAAAUAAUUUUAACUUAUAAUAUUUUAUAUAUAGAAUAAUAUUUUAUUACACUACAGUAUUAUGGGGUUGGGAUAAAAAAACAUAAUACCACUAUGCUCUAAGAUAGAGCAAAAUCCAAAUACUUAGUAAAUAUAAAAGCUUUGUUGUCACAAGUGUUGUAAUGACCUAUGCAAGUGCAGAGGAGGAUUAACCACAAAAUGACCUUAGGCAGGAACCUUUCAACCAUGAGUUUGCUUAAUCUCAUUGACCAUGCCUAUGAAGAAUGGAGCAGGAGGCCAUGGCUCUGUCAGAUCCUUCUCUGGUCAAGUGCCCUUUUUGCACUGCUCCCCCCAGAAUAUACCAAAAUAUCCUGCAGAAAAAAAAAUAGCUAAGCAACAAUUUGGGAGGCUAGUGCCUCCUGCAACACAUAUCUCAACACAUUCAUUGUUACUGGUAGUGCAGAGUGGCAGGGUAGUGGAAGAAGGGAGAUAGGAGGCACUUAUCUAAUUCUUCUCUCUCACUUAGUCAUCAGGAGGGGGAAUAGUGGGUUGAAAGAUGCCCUUUCGAUUUUAGGAACCAUACCAGUAUACCAGUGGCGACAAACAUGUUCAACAAGUUUCACUCAUACAGAGAUUUUCUUUCAUAAUUGAUAUAGAGAACAUUUAUAAGUCUGUUUUUUAAAAUUUAUAUUAUAGUUUAUACAUGAUGUGUUAACAAGUACAAGCUCUGUACAUGGCAGAGACUGAAGAUAACCUCAAAAACUAUUUUAUUUUCCAAAGUAUUAGCAGAUAUCACUAAAUAUUUACUCCAAGCUUUACUGUAUCCCAGUGUUACAGUGUGUUCCCCAACAGGAGUUUCUGUUUCAGACUGAGAAUAAUUUAUUGGUGCAAACAAACUACCUGCAUUUUAUUAGAAGAAGGCUUGUUUUUAGGGAAAACAGCACGAUCGUCUUGUUUGUCGCAGUGUUAGACAGUGAAUGUAGCCCUCCGAUCUAUAUCGCAUAGUUGCCAUUUUUCUGCCAUCCUGCCUAGGAAUCAGAAGGCUUUAUAUCAUCUUAUGUCUCUUUGUAAUGUUUUCAGAAUUUGAUUCUAACUACAUAUCACUUAUAACUGUGAUAGUUCUUGUAUUUAGCUGGGUAAAUACAUUGGGAAAUAUAUUAUUCUUGACAUAUCAUGAUUAAUAUAAAUUUGCAAUGGCUAGGAAAUUGUCCUUAGUGAUUUCGGUUGGAGAUUGCCUUAAUACAAUGUUUUCACAGAAUGAAUGCUAGGGAUGUAACAUGAUAUCUAAAUGAAGAAAUACAUAUAUAUUUUACCUUGUUAUUCAAGAGUGAUAGGCAUACCAUUUUCUGCUGGCCUCUUUUGUAAAUGGGAACCUGAGCUGACGCAGACAUGCAGGGUUCUUUACUAAACUUAGAAUUCAGUGUGAAUUGAAAUUUCAAUUUUAUUUCAAUUUGAAUUUCAAAUUUAAUGACAAAGUCGCAGAACUAAAAGUAUAGUUUAAUUAAAGAUAUUUUUUCCAGUUUUGGUAUUUUGACCUUGCAUUUUAAAUUCUCACAUCAGUGAAAACCCUAUGAGUGGAUACAUGUUUUAUAUUUUUAAUAUGAUUUGAUUCGAAGAAAAAUGUCUUCCCUUACAGGAAAUUGAGCUGAGUUGCAGAACUACAAAAAAACAUAUUUGUCAUCAAGAAGAUGAACAUGUAGAGGUUUUUUUAUUAACAAACUUCUCUCUGUCUACAGGUGUCUAUGAUUUAUAGUGUAUGGAAAGUGUUCACGAUUUUACGUAUUAGGAAGCAGUUCACAUCUGUGGAGACCCCUCAACCUAAAAUUACAGACAAGGUGAGAUUAUUUUAUCUUAUGUCUUAGUUCUAUCAAUAGCUAACAAGAAGACAUACUUUUUACUGCAAUAACUAUAUUUAAAAUAGUUGAUUGACACUUAAGGAGUUAACUGUAAAGGGCCAAAUUUUAACAAGUUAACACAUUUAAGAGUUGAUUAGUUGUGCGUGUGGUGUGUGGUUCAUUCUAAUAACCUAUAAUGUAAGAUAUUACAAAUGCUACAAUUACUGAAAUAAUUUCAAUAUUGUAUCUGUUUAAUGAGUCUUUAUAAAGUUGAAUGCCAUCUCUUUUCCCUAUGUAAUUCCUGCUUGUUAAAAGGACACCUAAGACCCCUAAAGCACUUUAGCUUACUGAACUACUUUAUGUGUGAUGAGUGUGAAUGAUUUCAAUAGAAAUUAGCACUUUUAUAAUAUGACCUUAUUACACCUCCUUAAUGUCAAUCAGACAACUGCACUUGUUACUUCCUGGUUUGUUUAGCUUGUGGAGCUAAAAUAAGAGGCAGCAAUUGCCCAGAGCACCUACCUUGCAAAGACUUCUCAUUAAGCUCCAGUGAGAAGUCUGUGAUUGGACAACCACAGGAAGUCAGGGCAGGGUUAGAAGAGGCUUGCAAAGGUUUCAGUCAAGAGAUCUUCAGCUUUUGCAAGCUGUUUUUAGAUAUAACCCAAUCAAAAAAUGCACAUUUAAAUUCAUUCAUGUUUUCAGUGGAGGUAUAUCUACUAAACAGUGAUUUUUAUUUAUUUGGGCAGUAAAUUGUUCCUUUAAGUUUUUCAGAUCUAAUCAGUUUAAGAGCCCCUGGGACUUCUACCUAUAUCAUUUCUUAUCUUGUCAUAUCAGUGACUAUAGGUUCCUACAAUUCCUACUGUUAGUGAAGUGCCUAUGAUAGUUCUUGUAUCAUUCCACAUGGCUUCACCCUGUAACUUCUCCUAUCCCACAAAGUGCUUUCAAAUGUUUCCUCCUUUCUUUAUAGCCUCUCUGUAUAACUUCUAUUUUUCCACAUAAACUCAAUGUCUAACACACCCCAUCUUUUUUAAACUCACCAGAUUAUCAUGUAUCUCUAUAUAACAUUUUCCGAUACACCCAUCUCCAUCUAACGUUAUAGGUACAUUCAUAAACCCUCAUCUACAGGCCGUCUUUAACAGAUUCAAUGCUAUACUAUAUCUUGACAUACACUAUAUUGAUGUUCCAAAUAAUUAAAAUUUGUAAACAUAUUUGCAUGUGAUUUUGUGUGCAUAUAUUUAUAUGCAUUAAUAUUUGGAGAAAAAAACAUAGAAACAUAGAAUGUGACGGCAGAUAAGAACCAUUCAGCCCAUCUAGUCUGCCCAAUUCUCUAAAUACUUUAAUUAAAAUGAUCUUAUGGUUAGGAUAGCCUUAUGCCUAUCACACGCAUGCUUAAACUCCUUUACUGUGUUAACCUCUACCAUUUCAGCUGGAAGGCUAUUCCAUGCAUCCACUGCCCUCUCAGUAAAGUAAUACUCCCUGAUAUUAUUUUUAAACCUUUGCCCCUCUAAUUAUAGUAGUUUUUAUUCUUUUAAAUAUAGUAUCCUCCUUUACUGUGUUGAUUCUCUUUAUGUAUUUAUUUGUUUCUAUCAUAUUCCCCUUGUCUCGUCUUUCCUCCAAGCUAUACAUGUUAAGUUCCUUUAACCUUUCCUUGUAAGUUUUAUCCUGCAAUCCAUGAACCAGUUUAGUUGCCCUUCUCUGAACUCUCUCUAAAGUAUCAAUAUCCUUCUGGAGAUACGGUCUCCAGUACUGUGUACAAUACUCCAAGUGAGGUCUCACCAGUGUUCUGUACAAUGACAUGAGCGCUUCCCUCUUUCAACUGCUAAGACCUCUCCCUAUAAAACCAAGCAUUCUGCUGGCAUUUCCUGCUGCUCUAUUACAUUGUCUGCCUACCUUUAAGUCAUCGUAAAUAAUCACCCCUAAAUUCCUUUCUCAGAUGUUGAGGUUAGGACUCUAUCAAAUAUUCUGUACUUUGCCCUUGGGUUUUUACAUCUAAGAUUCAUUAUAUUGCACUUAUCCACAUUAAAUGUCAGCUGCCAUAGCUCUGACCAUUUUUCUAGUUUACCUAAAUCAUUUGCCACUUGGCUUAUCCCUCCUGGAACGUCAACCCUGUUACAUAUCUUAGUAUCAUCGGCACAAAGACAUACCUUACCAUCAAGAACUUCUGCAAUAUAACUAAUAAAAAUAUGGGUCCAAUGGGUCCAAGUACAGAUCUCAGAGGUAACCACUGGUGACAAGCCCAUGCUUCAAAUAUACUCCAUUGACUACAACCCUCUGUUGUGUGUCACUCAGCCACUACCUUACCCAUUCAACAUUAUUGGAAUCCAAACUUAAAGAUUGCAGUUUAUUGACAAGCCUUCUAUGUGCAACAGUGCACCACCCUGAUCUAUUAUUUUAGUUACCCAAUCAAGAAAAUCAAUAAGAUUAGUUUGGCAUGAUCUCCCUGAAGUAAACCCAUGCUGUCUCUGAUCUUGAAAUCCAUGUGAUUUUAGAUGUUCAACAAUCCUAUCCUUUAACAUAGUUUCCAUUACUUUCCCCACUACUGAAGUAAGGCUUACUAGCCUAUAGUUGCCCGACUCCUCCCUACUACCUUUCUUGUGAAUGGGCACAACAUUCGCUAACUUCCAAUCUUAUGGGACUACUCCUGUUAACAAUGAUUGGUUAAAUAAAUUUGUUAAUGGUAUUGCUAGUACCCCACUAAGCUAUUCUAAUAACUUUGGGUGUAUUCCAUCAGGUCCCAUUGACUUAUUUGUCUUUUCUUUUGACAGUUGAAAUAAACUCACAUGUAACAAAUGACUCACUUGUCCUUUUUCCUAACCGAGGCCCCUUUCCUUCAUUUUCAUCUGUAAAUACUGAACAAAAAUAUUAAUUGAGGCAGUCAGCUAGACCUUUAUCCUCUUCGACAUACCUUCCUUCUUUUGUUUUUAAUCUAACUAAUCCUUGUUUUACUUUCCUUUACUCAUUUAUGUAUCUAAAAAAUGUUUUGUCCUCUUUUUUUUACUGACUGUGCUAUUUUCUCUCCUGUGUGUGAUUUGGAAGCUCUUAUAACUUGCUUAGCCUCUUUCUGCCUAAUCUUAUAGAUCAUUCGGUCUUCCUCACUCUGGUUUUUUUAUUGUUACCAAAAACUAACUUUUUGAUUUUUACUAUUUUGGCCACAGUGGUUUCUUGAAUUUUUUGCUUUUACUGAGAAGCCUAGUGCAAUUUUCUGUUGCUUUCAGCAGUGCAACUUUUAAAUAAUCCCAUUUCUAUUGGACUUCAUUUAAAUGACUCCUUUACACAUAUUCUAAUUUUAGAAAAGUAUGUUUUUCUAAAGUCUAAAACUAUUGUUUUUGUGUGGUGUGACUCAGUCACUGUUCUUACAUUAAACCACACUGACUGAUGAUCCUAAUCUUUCACCUACAGUAAUAUCUGAUCCCAAAUCUCUAUUUGUUAACACUAAAUCUAGUAUGGCCUCUUUACGAGUUGGCUCCUCAAUGACUUGUUUUAGAGACAAUCCCAUUAGGAAGUUUAGAAUAUGUGUGCUCUUGGCACAAGCAGCUAUUUUGGUUUUCCAAUUCACAUCAGGAAGAUUAAAGUCACCCAUGAUGAUAACUUCCCCCUUCAUUGUCAUUUUAGCUAUUUACUCAACUAGUAGAUUAUCUCACUCUUCUAUUUGUCCUGGGGGUCUAUAAAUCACACCUACACGAGUUACUGUGUGAUUACCAAAUUCCAACGUAACCCAAACGGACUCUAUGUUCACCUCACUAACUUUUAUUAGGCUAGAUUCUAUGCUAUCCUUCACAUACAGGGCCACCCCUUCCACUUUCUUGCCUUCUCUGUCUUUUCUAUAUAAAGAGUACAAUUGUUUCUAUACAAUUAAAUACAUUUUUAUGUUGCAGGAUGCACUGCCAUCUUAUGAAGAUGCAUUAAAAAUGCCAGUGAUCGAUUGUCCACCUCCAUAUUCCACCAUCAAACCCAUCGAAUCAUUCUGAAACUUGCUUAACUGACUCAAACAUCUUAAUAUAGGGACUCUGCAUGCUACCACUGGCUAUAGACAUUAGUCAAUGAAUAUGGCCCUCAGAUUGCUAUAUAUUGACAUGGUCAAAAGGAAGAGGAGAUACUUUCCAUUGACCUGCGUGAUCCAACUAUUCCAUUGGGUUGGUUAUUUUUGGGCUGGACUUCCCCGCAAAAUAAUAUUAAAAUAUAUGUUAGUCAACAUUUGUCUAAUGAUGUGAGAUGUUUUUAUCUCUAUUGAGUGUUUUGCUGGUUUUGCCUAAAUUAAUAUAGCUGUGCUGUUCAUUUAUGAACCUUUCUCUUCAGCUAAAUUUGGGAAGAAAAGGUUUUGAGAUAUGAUGCUUUUAUGAAAUGUGUGCCAUUAAUGACGUGAGAAAAUGGAUGUGAAUUGCAUGUAGUUAGAAACUAUAUUUACUAAACAUGUAAACAAAGGGAUAGGGUUUUAAAUUUAAGUUAAGUUUUAAAAUUUAUAUAUAUUUGGUAACACACACAGUUCAUUGGUUUAGACCAUCUGUAUAACACCACUAAAAACUAAUAAUGUUGUAAGAAUGUUCAGAACAUGGGGAUGUGAUAUACAUGCCAAAAUAGCAGAAUGCCUUGAGUUAUUUUUUAAAAUUUGUUUUGCUUUUGCAUUUUGUGUUACUUAAGAGUCUUCCCAAAACAGGGAAAUUUAAAUUGACACUGGAAUUACCAAAACAACGCUUAAUGAAACAGUUUUGGUGUAUAGAGCAUGCCCCUUCAAUCUCAAUUGUCUGCCAUUUAGGAGUUAAAUCACUUUGUUUAUGAACCCUAGUCACACCUAACUGCAUGUGACUUGCACAGCCUUCCUAAACACUUCCUGUAAAGAGUCACAUAAUGUUUAUCCUUCCUUUAUUGCAAGUUCUAUUUAAUUUUGAUUUUCUUAUUCCCUGCUAUAUUAAUAGCUUGCUAGACCCUGCAAGAGUCUCCUGUAUGUGAUUAAAGUUCAAUUUACAGAGCAAGAGAGAAAAUUAUUUAAGGUAAAUUACAUCUGAUUGAAAGUGAAAACAGUUUUUUUUCAUGCAGGUUGUGUCAAUCAGAGCCAGGGGAGGUGUGACAAGGGCUGCACAAACAUAAACAAAGUGAUUUAACUCCUAAACGGCAGUGAAUUGAGCAGUGAAACCUGAGAGGCAUGAUCUAUACACUAAAACUGCUUCAUUAAGCUAAAGUUGUUUAGGUGACUAUAGUGUUCCUUUAAUAUACAGGAACAGAGGCCCUUGCUACCAAAUAUGUGGUGACAGUAAAAAAAAAAAAAGUUAUGUGACACAAUAAUGAUCCUUUCCUUUGCAUGGUUACAGUGUUGCUUCAUUAAAGGACCAAUAUAGGCACCCAGACAACUUCAGCUUAAUGAGGUGGUCUGGGUGCCUGGUCCAGCUAGGGUUAACCCUUUUUUCUAUAAACAUAGCAGUUUCAGAGAAACAGCUAUGUUUAUAAAUGGGUUAAUCCAGCCUCUACUGGCUGUCUCAUUUCACGCUUUGAAAAUCACAGUGAGAAGACGCCAGCGUCCAUAGGAAAGCAUUGAGAAUGCUUUCCUAUGGACUGGCUGAAUGCACGCGCGGCUCCUGCCAUGCACGCACUUUCAGCCGAAGAGGAGGAGAGGAGCCGUAGAGG